CUGAGUUUUUUUUUUCCUUGUCAAUAAUGUCGCAGAAUUACAUGCCACCGAUGAACUUUGGGAUGGUGGAGGAGGACUUGUACCGGUCUGGCCAGCCGAACGAGCUCAACUUUCCAUUCCUCGAGAAGCUGCAUCUCAAGACGAUCGUCUUCCUAGCUGCCGAAGACCCGUCCCAGGCACUAAGAAACUUUGCCGAUGACCAUGACAUCGAAGUGCUGCAUCUGGGCAAGGCGCAGGCGUCGGCGCUGACUUGGGCGCCGCUCGCAGAGGAAACAGUCAUCGAGGCACUCAACGUCGUGCUCAACCCAGAGCACUACCCGCUGCACGUCAUGUGCAAUCUGGGCUCACACAGAACAGGCACGCUCAUUGGCUGUCUGCGCAAGCUCCAGCGGUGGAACCUCACAAGCAUCUUUGAAGAGUAUCGGAGACACGCCAUGGGCAAAGUACGCCUCCUCAACGAGCAGUUCAUUGAGUUUUUCGACACGGAUCUCGUGCGGAUACCAACGCAGCGACCCCGGUGGAUUUAAGUGAGGCCAACGGAGAACGGAGAGAGAGGUCUGUUGAACGUUUCAGAUUGCUUGCUUUUGUUGAAUCCGAUGAUUUUGCGAUUGUGGCCAGCCUGGGCCACUACCCAAGGCAGCUGCAAUCACAGCACAUGCAUUGUCCAAGUAUCUCGCAUCUCGUUGCUGUGCCUCGCUUGGUGUCGGGUGCCUUUUUUGUUUGUUUCCCUGUCAAUUCAUCCAAUGUCCUCGAUUCAUCCAAUCCUCAAAGCCCACUGUUCAUAGCAA